GGUGUGACGCAUGGAUUUCAAACAUGUCAUUUUGUUUCCUCCCAGCUGAGGAAGUCUUAUGGAGAUGUCUACAGUAUUUUCAUCGGUUGUAAACCAGCUGUAGUCAUCAAUGGUGUAAAGGCCAUGAAGGAGGCUAUGGUGACCAAGGCUGCUGAUUUUGCUGGACGACCUCAAGGCUUGUUCGUUAAUGAGCUCAGUGAUGGGAAAGGAGUCAUUAUGGCAGAUUAUGGCUCUAAGUGGAGGGAACAGCGUCGCUUUGCUUUGAUGACUUUGAGGAACUUUGGUCUGGGAAAGAAUUCAAUGGAGGAGAGAAUUCAUGACGAGAUCAAACACAUCAUCGGUACCCUGGAAAAGAACAUUGGUAAAACAAUGAGCCCUAAGGUUAUGUUUCAUAAUGCAGCCUCCAACAUCAUCUGCCAGGUUCUGUUUGCUAGACGCUACAAGUACGAUGAUGAGUUAAUCAAACUGUUUGUUGAAGUCUUUACCGAGGUUUCAAAGAUAGUCAAUGGACCGUGGGCCACGCUGUAUGACUCUUUUCCUAUAAUACGUAACCUGCCACUGCCCUUCCAAAAGGCCUUUAAGAAAAUGGAGAUUUAUAAGAAUCUUUCACGUCGCAUGGUGAGCGAGCACAGAGAGACUCGAGUUCCCGGAGAGCCACGAGACUUUAUUGACUGCUACCUGGAUGAACUGGAGAAGAGAGUUGAUGAAGAGUCUUCAUUUUCAGAAGAAGAGCUCAUUAUGUACUCGCUGAAUCUUCACUUCGCUGGGACUGACACCACCUCUAACACGCUUCUUACUGGUUUUCUUUACCUGAUGAACUAUCCACACAUACAAGGUAAUACGACUCCCCCCGUACUCAUUUAUAAUCAAGAAAAAUUCAACUUGUUGGCACAUUUAUAGUAAAAUAUUACACUA